AUGCAAAUCAGCUGGCUCUAUCCAUCUCUUACUCUCCUCUUCAUCCUCCUAAUCUCCCUCAAAUCAUUCCCACGGAAGGCCAUAAACCACAAACUCCCGCCAAGCCCGGCCCGCGCUCUCCCGAUCUUAGGCCACCUCCACCUCCUUAAGCCCCCUAUCCACCGAACUUUCCAGAGCCUGGCCGAGCGAGUGGGCCCCAUCUUCUCCCUCCGCCUCGUCAACCGCCUCGUGGUCGUCGUCUCCUCCCCAGACCUCGUCGAUGAGUGCUUCACGGAAAAAGACAUCGUGCUAGCCAACCGCCCCCGUCUCAUCUCCGGCGAGUACCUCGGCUACAACUACACCACCCUCGUCGGCGCUUCCUACGGGGAUCACUGGCGGAACCUCCGGCGGCUCGCCACUGUCGAGGUGUUCUCCGCCGCGCGGCUCAACUCGUUCGAGUCCGUCCGGCUGGACGAGAUCCGGCUUCUAAUCCAGAAGCUCCACCGCGCCUCGUCCGGGGGCUUCGCGAGGGUCGGGCUCAGGUCCAGCCUCUCGGAGGCGACGUUCAAUGUCAUCAUGAGGAUGGUGGCAGGGAAGAGGUACUUUGGGGAGGGUGACGAGGAGGCCGCGGAGUUCCGGGAGAUGAUAGAGGAGGUUUUCAGCUUAGGUGGCGUGUCCAACCCGGCCGACUUUUUUCCGGUGCUGAGGUGGGUCGAUUACAAGGGGUACGAGAAGCAAAUGGCGAGGGUGAGCGGGAAAAUGGACGCCGUUUUGCAGCGGUUGAUUGACGAGCAGCGGCUGAGAAAGGGCGGCAACACCAUGAUCGACCACUUGCUUUCCCUACAGGAGGAGGAGCCUGACUACUACAAUGAUGUCACCAUUAAAGGGCUUAUUCUGGUUAUGCUUCUUGCCGGGACAGACACGACAUCAGUGACGAUAGAGUGGGCCAUGUCCGUCCUACUUAACAACCCGGAAAAACAUCAAAAGGCCAAAAUCGAGAUCGACAAUCUCGUCGGGAAAGACCGCCUGAUCAACGAGUCGGAUGUGUCCAAACUCCCUUAUCUUCAACACAUUAUCUCGGAGAACUUCAGAUUGUUCCCGGCAGCGCCAUUGCUCAUACCGCAUGAAGCAUCGACUGAUUGUACCAUCGGUGGGUACGACAUACCACGUGGCACGAUCCUGAUGGUCAACGCGUGGGCCAUCCACAGAGACCCCAAGAUUUGGGAUGACCCAACCAGCUUCAUUCCCGAGCGUUUCGAAUCAGGAGAGGUUGGGCCGACAAAGCUGAUGCCGUUUGGCAUGGGAAGGAGGUCCUGCCCGGGAAUGGGACUGGCCUAUCGUGUCGUGGGCUUGACCUUGGGGUCUCUGAUUCAGGGCUUUGAGUGGCAGAGGACUGAUGAGGACUUGGUCGAUUUGGCGGAAGGGCCCGGGACAUCGAUGUCCAAAGUGAUACCGCUGGAAGCCAUGUGCAAAGCACGCGACGUUCUACAGAAUGUCUUUCAUGGGCAAGCGUGA